AUUGAAUAUGAGAAAAGUUUUAAAAUUUUGCAAAGAAUCCCAACAUCGAUCAUGCGCGUAACUUUUUCACAAAUUUCCUUCUUUCUCAGCUCCGCAUUUUGAUUUGUGAUUUCUUCGCUGUACCUUACAAUUGCCAAUUUUUCUCUUUGUGUUAAUGAGAGACCCGUUCCUUUUUUGCGCGAAGCCAUUUUAAAGAAUUGCAGAUGACCAGGAACUCCUCCUACUCCUUCAAACAAUUCAACGACGAAAUCACCGACUUGUACAAGUCCCUCAAAGACAACAACUACACCGACGAUGAGAUUCGCAAGAUUUUCGCGCCUUUGGCCCCCAAAACCCCAAACAAACUUUCAACAGCCCUUAUCCUCACUUCACUAGCCACUUUGGCCCUUCUGUACUUCGCCACUUACUUUGAAACCAUCUCGUGGCACUUAUCAGCCCUUGGACGCAUUUUCCUUAUUAAAUUGCUGCCACUUUGGGACUGGACUAGCCUAAAAAACGAAAAAUGCCUCAUCUGGAAACCAUCAACCACAACAACCCCCGAAAUAACCAACUUCAACUGCGCUUUAUGCGAAAGCAUCCAAGUUGUUGACGUUUACGACGAAAUCUCGCAAGAAACUUUGAAAAAUCGUUACUUGGACGUGGACGUUCCAGUGAUAAUCAGGCAAAGUUGGCCCAAAAUGGCCGACUUUUUCGAAACACUUGUCAAAACCGCUGCCAUUGCUGACUCACACCCUUGCAGUUUGGCAACAAACAUUUACAACGGAGUGACGAGUGUUAAAAACUUGGUUUCGAAGACGCAACUGUUCGAUAGAUUUUUUCUCCAUUUUCAAAAUUGCGAAUUUGGCGCCGUUAAGCAAUUUCGGGGGUUUACCCCACGCCCGGCGUUUCUCCCACCUGAACUAUCACCGGUGCAAUAUAAUUGGCUGUUGUGGAGUCGGGAUUACAACAUGAGUCAGUUUAAAGCCAUCGGGUUGGUCGAUAAAGUGGCAGUGGUGGGGCAAAUUGCCGGCGCAAAUUUCAUACGAUUGGUUCCACGGGGGAAUUGCGAAGGGGAGUGCCCCCAAAUUGGCGUUAAACUACAGGAGGGGGAGUCGAUUGUUUUGGCGGGAUUAUGGAAUUUGGAGUAUCGGUCAGAGGUGGGGGAAAAUCUCGCCGCCAUUUUGGAAAUGCAUUAGUAUCAUGUAAUAUGUGGGAAUAAUAAAAGACAAAUACAGCAUAUACAA